AGCCGAUUACGAUUCAAAAUUUUUUCGACAGUGAACCCCCGGUUCGGGCAUCACUAAAUAGAGAGCUGAGAGAAUCCUGAUAAAACUCACACUAACAGAAACGGCUCACACACUCGACAUAGCAAUGAAUUAGUAAUGAUUGGAAGCAGCUACAAAUAAGCUGACAACGAGAGUCAAAGUAGGAGAUAAAAUGAUAAGCAGCCGACUCUUGAAUUCAGCCCCGUUGUGUGUUCCGUCAUCUAUCAUCUCCGUCAAUAACAACAAAUUCAGUUCAGUAAAAGGGAGCCGACAUAGCCAAAUCGCUCACUCCUCGUAUUAUCCGACGGCAACGAUCAAAUCCCAAGUUUCAAUGGAUUCUAUCCCAAAAGCCCACGAGCCCGCUUUCGAAUUUCUUUGCAAAAAGCCUUACACGCCGCCUUCGUGGGCAGCCAAUCUCAACCCAGUUCCUUCGCACAUUUUCUCGUUGGGCCAUUUUCCGACUCCAAUUCACCAGUGGAACCUUCCUAAUUUGCCCAAGGGCACCGAAGUUUAUCUCAAGCGGGAUGAUCUUUCAGGAAUGCAAUUGAGUGGUAACAAAGUCAGGAAACUCGAGUUCUUGUUGGCGGAGGCAGUGGCGCAGGGUGCUGAUUGCAUUAUUACUAUUGGAGGGAUACAAAGCAAUCACUGCCGAGCCACUGCUGUGGCUGCCAAGUAUUUGAAUCUCGACUGUUAUCUUAUUCUACGCACUUCUAAGGCUCUAGUAGACAAAGAUCCUGGGUUGACUGGAAAUCUCUUAGUUGAACGUUUGGUUGGAGCACACGUAGAUCUUAUUUCGAAGGAGGAAUAUGCUAGCGUUGGGGCUGUAGCUCUCACCAACAUACUGAAACAAAAGCUUUUGAGUGAAGGCAGAAAGCCGUAUGUCAUUCCUGUGGGUGGAUCCAAUUCCUUGGGAACUUGGGGAUAUGUUGAAGCAGUUAGAGAGAUCCAACAACAGCUUGGAAAAGGAAGUGGUGGAAUAACAUUUGACGACAUAAUUGUAGCAUGUGGAAGCGGAGGCACAAUUGCUGGUUUAGCAGUCGGGACUUGGCUGAGCGGCUUGGCUGCUAAAGUCCAUGCCUAUUGUGUAUGUGAUGAUCCCGACUACUUCUAUGACUACGUUCAAGGCCUAAUCGAUGGGCUUCAAGCCGGUGUUAGCUCACGUGACAUUGUCAACAUUCAAAAUGCCAAAGGACUUGGUUAUGCCAUGAAUACAGCAGAAGAGCUAAAUUUUGUGCAAGAAAUUGCUAAAGCCACCGGUAUUGUUCUUGACCCCGUCUACAGCGGAAAAGCUGCAUACGGGAUGAUGAGAGACAUGGCCGAGAAUCCCGGAAAGUGGGAAGGAAGAAAGGUCCUCUUCAUACACACCGGAGGUCUCUUGGGACUGUAUGAGAAAACUGAGCAGAUGGCGCCACUGGUCGGAAACUGGCGUAGGAUGGACGUCCAUGAAUCCAUCCCUCGCAAGGAAGGCACUGGUAAGAUGUUCUAGAGUAGAAACUUCUCUGGCCUAUGUCAACAUGUGAGCUUCAACUCAUGAUUCUUGAUUCUUAUAUCUUUUGUUGUUCAAAAUUGUGUUUUUGAUUAAGACUAUUACAAGUUUAUAGCCCGCCGAAAAUUGACGGCAAUUAUCCUUUUAUUUAGGUUUCCAACGAUAAACUCCAAUACAAGAUCAAUGUACCAACAAUGAAUGAUCAAUGUAGAACGAGGAUUGAACUUUUUAUUUA